UAUCGUACUUGUCGGCAGACGCAGUCACAGCCACCACCUCUGCCUCUACCGCGUUCUCUUGUCCGUCUCAACCAAGCUGCCAUAUUGAGGCUUUAACAAUAUUGGUUGGUGUGGAACAAAUAAUUCGACAGUCUAAACCUCUUAGUUCACUCACACACACUUAUAAAUAUAUAUAUACACACAUAUAUACGUACACACCUACACACACAUUCUACAGAUACGCUUACACAUUUAUAUCCUUAAGAAACAGGCAGCAUGGCUGAUGUUCUUAGCAUUCUUCGUCAGUAUAAUAUCAACAAAAAGGAGAUAAUUGAUAAAGGCGAUCAAGUUAUAUUUGGAGAAUUCGCUUGGCCAAAAUCAACUAAAACUAAUUACAUUGUUUGGGGUACUGGUAAAGAUGGCAUUUGCAAAGAAUACUACACAUUGGACUGCAUCCUUUUCCUUCUCAAAAAUGUCCACUUGGCACAUCCAAUUUAUGUCGGAGAAGCGGCGGCAGCAGAUGUUACUGUUGUUCGCCGUCCUGAUAGGAAAGACUUACUAUCAUUUCUUAAUGGUGAGAUAUCAACAUCUAGUAGCAUUGAUAAAAGUGCACCAUUGGAGAUAUCUAUUCAAAGGCCUGUACAAGUAAAACGAACAACAGAUGAUAAUCAAGGAGAUCAAGAAAAGAAGAAACCUCGACUCGAGGAAGAGCAAGUACAACAGGCUAAGAAAAACUGGAUGAAUAAGAUCGAUGCACCUCGUGAGACCUCCAUGAUACCUUCUAAAAUUGCAUCUUCAUCUCUUCCGGAAGCUUUGCCAAUGGAGAAGAUUGCUGCUAUCAAAGCAAAACGUUUGGCAAAAAAGAGAACUAUGAUUAAAGGUGACGAUGACAUUGCACCUGGUGCUGAUGACCAACGAACUUUUGUAGAUGCUGAGGUCGAUGUAACUCGAGUCAUUGUCAGUCGGGAACGGUUAUGGCGGACCAGAACAACUAUAUUACAGAGUUCUGGGAAGGAAUUUGCUAAAAAUAUUUUCAGUAUUCUUCAGUCUAUUAAGGCUCGAGAAGAAGGAAGUCAGCGACAAAUGAGCCACCCUUCACAAACAACACCAAUAUCUCAAUCUCGACCUCCCCCAGCAGUAGGCUAUAACAGAUACGAUCAGGAACGUUUUAGAGGCAAAGAAGAAACGGAAGGUUUUAAAAUUGACACAAUGGGAACAUAUCACGGAAUGACACUGAAAUCUGUGACAGAAGGUGCUCUAGCCAGAAAAACUCAUACUCCUCUACCUACUGCAAUUCCACAGCCACGACCUAUUUCUCAAGCACGACCUCCGCCAAAUUUAAAGAAAGGUUCUCGUACUCCAGUCAUAAUCAUCCCUGCUGCUGCCACAUCACUCAUCACUAUGUUCAACUCAAAAGAUAUGUUACAAGAUCUCCGGUUUCUCAGUACUGAAGAAAAAAGAGCACAAGGUAUGAAAAGAGAAAAUGAAGUAUUGAUUCAGAGACGAAAAGAAGGUGGUUUAACAGUGCCCUAUCGUAUUAUUGAUAAUCCUACAAAACUUCAGGCAGAUGACUGGGAUCGUGUUGUUGCUGUAUUCGUGCAAGGUCCUGCGUGGCAGUUUAAGGGUUGGCCUUGGGAUGGCAAUCCAGUUGAGAUAUUUUCUAGAAUCCGAGCUUACCAUGUCAAAUGGGCUGAUUUGCCAUUAGAUAACAACAUUAAAAAAUGGGCAGUUAAUGUGAUUAAUUUGGACAGACACAAACGCCAUUUGGACAGAGCAAUGUUGCAACAAUUUUGGGAAGUGUUGGACAGAUAUAUGAUGAAAAAUAAGAAUCAUCUUCGAUUCUAGAACUGAAGGAAACCAGAAAAUGCUGGAAAUGAUUCAUUUGUUAAAGAUAACAUCUUAUUCACUAAACUGGAAUUUGCUGAACUCUUUCAUAAUCUCAUUCAACAUUUUCAAACUUAAAAAAAGUAUUCACCAGUCAUUUUUGGGAUAGAACAUGGCAUGAAGGAGAUUUUUUAUUUUAUUUUUAAAUCUUUUUUCAUCCUAAUUUCCAAUUUGCCUCUUGCAUUGAAAGAAAAAUUAUAUCUGGCAUAAUCUCCAUCUUCUCUCUUGCAUUGAAAGAAUUUCAUUGGACUCACAAGAACUAAAUUAUAUGUAGUUACCAUUUUAUGAAUUUCCAUUGUAGGCAACCAUCAAAUUAAGGAAAAAAAAAAGUUUUCUAAUUUGGUAGACUUCUCCAACGAUCUCACACGUAAUUCAGGAAAAUAUUUGAAAGCCUGUAAAAACACUACCUGAAUUAAUUCAAAGUCUAGCAUUCCAGAUUAAUUUUGAAAGUGUUGUACUGAACAGUGGUUAUUUUGAGAGUUUGUAUUCUGAAUUUAAUAAGUGGAAUUAAAACUUAUACAGUUUCAACCAUGCUUUGUCUUCUCCUGCCAAGAAAAAAAAAAAAGCAAGCUAAUCAUCUACCACUUAAAUGUUUUAAAUUUUGUGAGGCUCCAAAUAUUUUAGUUUAAAAAAAAAAAUUUCCAUAAGAAUAACAUUUUUCUUCAUAAAGAAUCUCUUGGAAUAAUCCUUCCUUAAUUUUCAGUUGAAUUAUUCAGGAAUUAUAUUUAGAAAGGGAAAAAGGAAGGAGGAAAUCUACUUUGAAAUCCCAAACCUUGUGCCUUGGUCCCUUAGUCUGGAUCUUUAUUUGCAGUCUAUCUGCUCUCAUAUUUCAAAUUCCUGAAGUCUUUAAGACCUCAGACAUGUGAUUCUCUCUCCCCCCACCUUUCCAUUUUAUUACUAUCACUCAUAUUGAGUGCUUCUUAUUGGGAAAUGUGGUUCUAACCCCUCCUCAAACCAUUUAUAUUUUUACAUCUUAUUAGUGUUGCUACUACAAUGGACAAAUUCAUUUUAAAUAAAUUUCAACAUGAGAAGACUUAGUGUAGCUGAUCAUCUCCUUAUUUUCAGUCAUACCAACUUCAAGGAAUACAAGAAAUUUUUCUAUUAAUGCCUGUUUAUAUUUGGCUGCUCUUUUUUUUUUUUUAAACUUUUGUUUUAUGAUGACUCUAAAAACAUGUAUAUAUACUGUUCCUUGAAAUGUUUGGUUAAGAGUGAAAGAUUCCUUUAAAGCAAAAAGGAAGUAUAGUCAUUUGCAACAAUCCCUUAUUUUCCAUGUAAUCAGAUUAAAAAAAAAAAUGAAACAAAUAAAUUUAUAAUCCUUCUA